UUCCCUUUUCCAGUUAGUUUCAGUAAGAUUAAAUUGACAAAAUUUAGUUUUUAAAGUGAGUAUUUAUUAAGUUCACGUGAAUAAGUUGGUUAUAUUAGCAGUUACUAUUAUUUUCAUUUGAUCAAAAUUGAGCAAUGGCGGGUGGAGGAGAUGAGCUGAUCUUCGUCUAUGGCACUCUCAAGCGGGGCUUCUACAACCACUCGCUGCUCGAAGACCUUAUCCGAACGGGCGCCGCCGCCUACAUCGGCUCCUGCACCACCGUCGAAGCUUUUCCACUGGUCUGCGGGCCCCACGGCAUCCCCUAUUUAGUCAAUCUGCCCGGGUCGGGUCUCCGGGUCCGGGGCGAGCUCUACUCCGUGUCUUCCGUCCAUGGGCUAGCCCGCCUGGAUGAGCUUGAGGGCGUGGAGCGGGGCCAUUACGAGAGACUGCCGGUGGCUGUAGCUGCUGCUGAAGGAGAAGAAUUGAAGGAUGCGGAGGCAUAUUUUGCGCAUAGGGAAUUUGGGGAAAAGCUGUGGAAGAGGUGUGGAGAGGUUGGAUUGAGUGAGUAUGGUGUGGAUUUGGGGGAAAAGUAUGUGAGGAGGGAGGAUCGGCCAAAUCAUCAGUCCUUCCUUGAUGAUAUUCACAAAUUCAUUUUGGAGGGCACUUCAUCUCCUUCUUCAUGAAUUAGGUUAAUUAGCAACUCAACAACUUAUUCCACAUUGUUGGUUUGUGCUUUGAGGUAAAUUUGUAUUCUUCUGGUACAAAUUGUCCUCUGUUUUAUGGCAUUUUGCUCCUGCUUGGGGAAAAAUUGGCUUGAUCAAGUGUUGGUACAGAAAAACAACCCAUUUCUUUCAUUGGCUGAGAAGUCUAGCUCAUGUUUUGCUCCUUGCAGUCCAUGUGCUUGCAAUUAUUGAAUAGGUAUCUGUUGGCUUUUGUUUAGUUUCCUGAAUUGUGUUCACCUCAAGUAGUGAGAGACUGUAGCCGUGAGUUUCAUUGCGACGUACGAAAAAGUCCCAUGCAAAUUCAAUGUUUAUCUCUCUAUAUGCUUUUGUAUUAAAAUCAAACAUCAGUAGUUGUUUUAAA